AUGUCUACAACAACAUCCAUAAAAGUUACCUAUGAUUCCAUCUCUAGACGUUUCUCAAUUCCAACCGAUUCACCGAACUGGUUGGAUUUAGAACGACAAAUUCGUACUCUUUUUCAAAUCCCUGCCUUAAAAAUCAACGUAUUUUAUAUUGAUGAGGAUGGUGAUGAAAUUACCGUUUCAAGCGAUUUAGAACUUGAAGAAAUCCUAAAACAAUUUACUUAUAAUAAUAAAAACAAACCUAUAAAACUUGUUGUAACUACAAUCGAAACAUCUGAUACAUCUACCAUUUCUACAACCAAUGUUGUCACUACGGCUAUUGAUGCAUUUCCAAAUAAAAUUGAAGAUGAAUCUUGGGUUAUCGAAGGUGGUGUCAACAACAGCAGCAGCAGCGAUAGCAACAAUAAUAGUUCUAAAGAAAAACAAAAAAGUAUAGUCACUCCCUAUAAAAUGGCAGAUAGCGGGGGCGACACAGAAAAUGAUGAAGACAAUGAAUUUAUUAUUUAUAUUACUUCUGAUCAUCCUUGGCAUAAUUCAUUUUUAGGAUUAAAUCGUGGUGGUUAUAACAGAUGUAAUGGUAGAUCUAAUUUUUAUGGACCACCAUCACAAUUCUGUUUUUAUAGACAACCUAAGUCAUGUUACAAUAGAACAGCAGAAGAAAAUACUGAUUUGUCUGACAAGGUCAAAAUUUUAAAUGAAAUGGGAUUUCCUGAAGCUAAAAAUGCGAAACAUGAAAUUUUAUUAAGAAAAUUUAAUGGUAACAUUGAGCGUGUUGUCGAGGUUUUAUUAUACUGGCAACAAAAUAAUCAUUAUGAUGCGAAUAAACACGAUAAUCACAAAGAAAAUAAUGGUGGCAGUAGCACUAGCAGUAGUAAAGAAGUCGAUGAAGUUUAUUAA